ACCACAUUAUCGCUUUUUCCCCCGGUCUCGCCGCCUGCCGUUCACGUCCGUCCGCCAUCCGUUCACCCGUUUCGCUUUCGUUUGUGCUUAUGGUCGGCGAAUUCCUCAGCGCGUUUGACUGAUUGACCAGACUUCCUUGAACAUCUUUUAAUUCAGAUAUCAAAUCACCCAAAAUGAAGAAGACUGUAGAAAAUCAUUCGGAAGGUGAAGAAUUUGACGCUGAUGAACCUGAUGAGGUUGACGAGGAAAACAAUGCUGAGUCUGACAAGGGAAGCAGAAGAUCAACUAGAUUGAGGACUACACCUAAAAAGAAAAUGAAGUACUCAGCCAGUUCCGAUGAUGAGGAAGAAGAGGAUGAAGAUGCUGAUUUUGAUGAAGAGGAAUUUGCUGAACGCAAGAGCAGAAAAAAGCCUGGGCCAAAAUCCAAACAGAAACCUGCCCCUGCCUCAAAGAAGAAGCCGCCAAAGCCAAAAUCCGAAGAAGAAGAUGAUGAAGAAGAUGAAGAUGAGGAAGACGAUGAGGAGGAUGAAGAAGAUGAAGAUGAUGAAGAUGAAUCCAACGACGCCAGUGAGAAAUCACUGAAUUCUACUAACCCAGCGGACAAGGAUUAUGUGUCUGGAGCAUUUCUGGUCAGCAAAAGCGACUUGGCUGAUAAAGAUACUGACCCUCCUCUCUGGAGAAUUGAUGGAAAAGCUUUGUUACAAAAGUACAUUCCGUUCAAAGACGAUGAGGGGAAAACUCUAUACAGGAAUACGUACACGUAUUCCGGAUGGUCAAUUAACAACAAGAAUAACUAUUACCCUGCCUCAAUUGUAUUCAAGCAGCAGUCUCAGAAAGAGCAUGUGGUUGAGUUCCAGCGUGACCUGUUACCCAAAGAGGAAGAGAACGAUGAUUGAACACAACAGGAUGAUUGAUCAAAACGGUGAUUUGAAGUGCUACUAAUUUUUAAGCUGCGCAGAGGUGUUAUUAAUGUUUAAAUAGUGUAAAAUCUUGAUCUUUUUUCAUCUAUGGUCCUAAUUGUAUAAUUCAAUCUAUUGUGUAAUGCCAGAUUAUUUUUAAGAAACUUAUUUUAAUCACAACUUUGUCUCACUUUGUCAGAGUUAAGUCCUUUGAAUUUUUUAUUACAGUGUAAAAAUUUGAAGAUCUAUUCUUUUCUCUCCGUAAAUUGUCUAAACGAAUAUCCCCUCUGUGUACACUAAGAGGCAUUGUUGGAAAGCAUUCAGAAAUCUAUAUUCUGGUUUCCAAAUCCAAUAAAUUGUUGCAUAUUUCUCAAAGAUUUUUUGGUUCCAGUUACAUUUGCUUGUACACGCCUGGCAAUGUAGUUAAUAAGAAAGUUUACAGCCUUUCAGCUAGUUUGAGAAGAAUGUCAACGGUGGAUUUAGUUUCUUCAUAGACCAAGCUCUGUAAAUUACAGCCUUUAAUUACAAAUUUUUAAAUGAUGCUGUCUUUGAAUUGUUAUUUUCCAGCAAGAUGAGUAAUCUCAGUAUAAAUUAAGAUCGCCUUACUUGUAGAAUUUUUGUAUUGGAUGAUCAGCUUUCCGAAGUUCCUUGUUCAGUUUCAAUUUGAUGCUCAGCUGACGUCCUUAUCACUAAAAAAUUGACAAUGCUAAUUGCUAACAGCUCAAGUAUAUUAAGUUUUUGGUGCAAUGUGGCAACCAAUCUACCAUUUUCCUUUUCAUUACCAUUUUUUCAAUAGCACUACUCUUAAAUAAUUGUGACGGCUUUUACAGCAAAUAACAGAUCUAUUUCUAUUCUCACCCACAAGUUUCAGUAUUUCGUUUCUUCUGUAAGGCAUGUAGUAUAAUUAAUUUUAUUAGUUUUGUUUUUCUUUGGUUUCUAUCGUGUUUCAUAAUUCUUAACUAGUUACUGCCCCUGCACAUUUUCAUUCUUGUUGUCAAAAUCACCAGCAGGGUCUUAGUUAUCAUGAUAUCUUUUGUCAUUGUUUCACUUUUUACCAACAAUAUGCUGGCAUCAGUAGCCUACUCCAUUCGGUCUUAUUGAUUCAUUGCUAAUUCUUGUGAGAAACGUUAUGUAUUACCUGAGAUUGACGUUGGUAUUAAAUUCAAACUUAACGAAAGUAGUUGAUAGCAAGUUUU